AUGGAUAUUGAUAUAUUUAGUCAACCUGACUAUUAUCCAACCCCCUCUGAAAAUGUUAUCAAGUAUACGGAACCAUCAACAUGGGUGGAAAAUAGAAGGAAGAUAGUAUCCCAAUCUGACAUCAUCGCAUUAAUAAUUUACCUGUCCUCUCCAAUAGACCCAAUUGAUUAUACGAUAUUUGCAGAUUUUUUUCUGAUAUAUAGGAACUUUAUCUCACCAAUUGAACUACAUCAGCUCUUAAUAUCAAGAUUCAGGUGGUGUAUCAAUGAAAUUAUAGAUCACGAUGCUAGCAAUGGAGAAAGGAAGAAAAUUGGAGAAAUUGCCCUAGUGAGAACGUUUGUACUUAUCAGGCAUUCUUUGCUAAACCAUUACAUUCAAGAUUUUCUACAAGAUUAUAGUCUUCGAUUACAAGUUAUCAAAUUCCUAAACAAUAAUACUUUAUAUCAAAACUGUCCGACUAUUGUCCGUAGUUCGAUUAUAAACUUGAAGAAGGCAUGGAUAUAUUCAUCCAAAUUAGCAUGGGACAAUGUAUCCUUCGAUGAACCAAAUUCUAUUGGUAAGGAUGCUUGGUUACUUUUUGAGAUUAAGGAUAUAUUACAAUUGCAGAUGAUGAAAAGAAGAGAAAGCCGACUGAGCCAAUACGCUAUACAAGGUACUUCAAGUCCAGAUUUCCGUAAUAGAAGUGUAUUAUCAUUAUAUAAAACAUCGGAUAACUUCAAACUCCCGGAUGUGAAAAAUAAAAAAGCAACUCCAUCCAUGUUAUUCUCUCCUACAGAUAAUUCAAAAGGAACAUCUUAUACAUCAUCUGGCAAAUCAAUUGCUUCAUUCACAUCUGCUUCUGGCGAUUUGAAAGAUACAACAAAGAAAGUAACUACGUCUGAUCUCACUAAAACUAGUCAUAUAUCGAAGUUAGAUCAUAUGUCAACAGUAAUAAAAGAUAUUGAAUACCCAACUUCUCCGGCAAUAAAUGCAAUAAUACCCCCAACACCUGCUAAAAAAGUCGAGUUUAUAUUGAAGUCAUCGUAUUUCCCAGAAGUUAGUGGCAUUGAAACGGAAUCACCUUCGUCAAUCCAAGAUAGCAAACAAUCUUUGCAGGGAACAACUUCAUCCUCGCUAUUACACCGUAGUGCUCUAGGUCUUCUUAAUAAAUGGAAAAAGAAUCACAACCAUAAUUAUAUUCAUACAAGUCACUAUAAAAAUGAACCUAAAACUCAUAAUAAACAUUUGUUACAACGAAAUAAUCCUCAUGUACAACCAGAUAUUGAUAAUUUUGUUAAAUACGUUAUAUCAAUAACAUCUUUAGAGAAAACUGAUAAAACUAAGGACUCAGAACAGUUUUCAAAUUUGCUGGAAUCCAAAUUUGAUAUUUUAAGUGCAAGAACAAUUGAUGAAGUGGAAUAUCUGCUAACUUUACAAAAUGAAUUGUUGAACAAAGUGGAUAAAAAUACUAUAGAAAUAAAUGCAGAUAGUGAGAAACAUGAAGCGAUAAUAUCAAGCGAGAUAGAGAAUGAUAACGAAGCCAAUACUGCUCAUACAAAACUAAAGAAACCUGCAGAUACUGACUUUAGCGCAAUGGAUAAUUUGGAUUUAUAUCAAACUGUAAGCUCUAUUGCCCAGUCAGUCAUUUCUUUAUCAAAUAUUUUAAAUACCCAAACAGCACAAUUGAAUUCACCGUCAUUAGCAGCACUAGAGAGAAGGCGAAUAAAAAGUUCUUUACCUAUUUUAGGAAGCCCCAGUACUCUUAAUUUCAAGACCAGAUCAAGAGUAAGUUUAGAUGAUUCACCAAUAAAAGAAACGUCACCUCUUUCUCGUAACAACGGUCCACAGAGGUUGGUUUUCCAUGGGCCUCAAGAUGAGUCUACCUCUACCACAGAUGGUCCGAAAUUCAAUUAUUCUCCAACAAAGCCCUUACGAACUUCACAUCGUUCUUCUCCUUUAAAGAAUAUGCUACCUGAUUUCAAUGACGAUUCUUCAGGUUAUGACCUCGAAGAAAACGAAUCUUUUGUCUCAACAGUGAGCUAUGAUUCAAAACUAUCCUCAAUUUCUGUGCAAUUUAAAAGUCCUAGAAGACCCAAAAAUGAUGCUCUGAAUGGGACACUUUUUAGUAGGAAUGAUCAUAGUAACACUAAUGAAGAGCCAAUAUUGAAAAAGAAGAAGGCUCACAACAAUUUAAAAGAGUUCACAUUUGAAGCAUCAAAACUUUCCUUGCCCAAUAUGAGUCCGAGGAAAAUAAAUAAAUCACAGUCGCUGGUGGCUGUUAGCCACGGAAAUGAUAGCGCUGAAGAAAUAGUUGAUACUUUGUCGCCGUUAAAUAAAAUUGUAUCACAAACAAUUAUCAGACCUGCAAGCGGACGUAUAAGUAUCUCAAGAAAUCCGAUGGGUCCGUUAUCUCAUAAAAGAAAGACUUUCCCUUCCUCACCGAAUAUUAUUUCUAAUCGUACUUUCGAAGAACGAGAAAAAUCAUUAAUUGAGAGCGAGCAGGAACUAGUUAAAUUAGAGGAGGAAACAGCGAAGAGAAUUUCUCAUUCUUCUAGUGUUGCUACAAGUAGAUUGUUUAGUAGUCCCGAGCGUUACCGUGGUAAUUUAAGGUUAUCUGUUACACCCAGCAUUAACUCUAUUGUAGGUGGAAGCACAUUAAAUUCCACCGAGGAAAAUCUUGAUCCUAUCGAUGACGAUGAAGAUUCAUUUUAUCAGUCGCCACAGAAAGGUAAACCACUAACACUAAGAGAACAAUUUAAUAAGCCAUCAUCAUCCUUGAUUUCAGAGGAUAUUGCUACUGGAAAUGAAAUUGAUUUGUCGAACGGUAUGGCAAAUAAAUAUCUAUUUACUCCUGAUGAUGAUGAAAGUCUUGAUAUAGCAUCUCCAGAGAAAGAUGUAGAAGUUUUGAAAAAUAAAUUUCUGAAUACAGAUGGAAAUCAUAACAGUAGCGCUAAUAAUGUUGGAAAUGAUUUAGAUUCCACUAUUACAUCGACGAUAACGAACACUCCUGCAAAAGUAGACAAGAUCAAUGGACUGGAUUACAACAAACUAAAUGACAUUGCAAACAUGCCAGAUGAUUCCAUUCACGAAGAUCCUGUUGCUAUCGCUAUGAUGAAAUUGGAAGGUACAUACGAAGAUGCUGACGCUGAUGAAAAAAAUGGCAAUAAGGUAAACGGGUUAGGCGAAACACCGAGUGUAACGGCGUUGAUCAAACAAGUUGAAAAUUUGAAUAUUAUGAAGAUUCCAGCAUUUCCAAAGAGUCCAAUCGAAAAAAGAAGAUCACUGCUGAUUGAAAGAAGACGGCAAACGAUUAUGAAUAUCCCUAUAACGCCUACCGGUACCUUGGAUGAAGCUGGUAAUAUAAGCACAGGUCAGCUUAAUGAAAACAAUUCUGUAACACCACAACAAGUUCAAGAUUUAAUUGAUAACUAUGAAAUCAAAGAUAUUAGCCUAAAGAUCACUAAUCACCAGCAUCACAUUCCCUUUAUUUUGAUGCAUGAUUCAUUAUCAAUAGCUGAACAAAUGACAUUAAUUGAAGAAGAACUUCUUUGCGAAAUAGAUUGGAAAGACUUAUUGGAACUAAAAAUUGAGUACAAAGGUCCACCAGUCACAAGUUGGUUACAACUAUUGAUUAGAAAUGAAAGCCUUUCAGGUAUUGACUUGGCGAUUUCAAGAUUUAAUUUGACGGUCGAUUGGAUUAUAUCUGAAAUUGUUUUAACUACCGAUAUGAAAUUGAGACGGAAUACCAUUCAAAGGUUUAUACACGUAGCUGAACAUUGUCGCAUCUUCCAAAAUUAUAAUACUUUGAUGGAAAUUGUUUUAGCAUUGAGUUCUACGAUAGUUCAAAAGUUUACUGAAGCAUGGAGAUUAAUUGAACCAGGAGAUUUAUUAACUUGGGAAAAAUUAAAGGAAAUUCCAUCUUUGCACGGAAAUUACUCUACGAUCAGGAAUUUAUUAAAUUCAGUUGAUCCAAUGAAAGGUUGUAUUCCAUUUAUUGUUGUUUACUUGUCUGAUUUAUCUUUGAACUCACAAAAGCAUGAUUGGAUAGUAGAAGAUAAGAUCAUCAAUUACAACAAAUUUCAAACCAACGUACAAAUUGUUAAAAAUUUUAUUCAGAGAGUCCAAUGGUCUAAAUUCUAUGACUUUAAAGUGGAUCAUGAAUUAUUAAGUAAAUGCGUCUACAUAACGACGCUGACUAGAGGUGAAAUUGACCAAAUGUCAAUGCAAGCACCCUAA